AAAUAUUACGACUUGCUGGAAGUCCCAGAAGACGCCUCCGAGGCGGACUUGAAGAAGGCCUACCGGAAAAAAGCACUACGCCUGCACCCAGACAAGGGCGGUGAUCCGGAGCUGUUCAAGGAGGUUACACACGCAUACGAAGUCUUGUCCGACCCGCAAAAGCGGAGCAUAUACGAUGCACGGGGAGAGGCGGGCUUGUCAGAGUCGGGCGGGAUGGGCGGGAUGGAUCCACAAGAUCUGUUCAGCCAGCUAUUCGGCGGCGGCGGCUUCUUCGGUGGGGGACCCUCGCGGUCCUCGGGGCCGCGCAAGAGCAAGGACCUCGUCCACCGCGUGCAUGUCUCGCUCGAGGACCUGUACAAGGGCAAGACGACGAAGCUCGCGCUCACGCGCAACAUCAUCUGCGCGAAAUGCGGCGGCAAGGGCGGCAAGGAGGGCGCGGUGCGCCAGUGCGGGACGUGCAGCGGGCGCGGUGUGAAGAUCACGCUGCGCCAGAUGGGCCCGAUGAUCCAGCAGCUGCAGCAGCCGUGCGACGAGUGCUCGGGCACGGGCGAGAUUAUCAACCACAAGGACCGCUGCAAGACGUGUAAUGGCCGCAAGACGGUUUCGGAGAAGAAGAUGCUCGAGGUGCAUAUCGACAAGGGUAUGCGCGGGGGCCAGACGAUCACCUUCCGUGGGGAGAGCGACCAGGCGCCGGGUGUUGUGCCUGGAGACGUGAUUAUUGUUGUGGAGGAGAAGCCUCACGACCGGUUCCGGCGGCAAGAGAACAACCUGUUCACCGAGGUCGAGCUCGACUUGCUCACGGCGCUCGGUGGCGGCCAGUUCGCGAUCAAGCACCUCGACGACCGCGCAUUGGUGGUCAACCUCGUACCCGGCGAAGUCAUCAAGCAUGACCAGAUGAAGGUCAUCCCGGGCCAGGGCAUGCCCUCACUGCGACAUCACGAAUAUGGAGACUUGUUCAUCAAGUUCUCGAUCGUGUUCCCGGACCACAUCGACCCGUCCAAGAUCGAGUUCCUCGAGAAGGCGCUGCCGCCAAGGAAGCCGCUCGAGAAGUUCCCGAAGAACAUCCUGCUCGAGGAGGCCGAGCUGGAGGAGGUCGACGCGAGAAGGCAAGAGUCGAUGAGCCGGGGCGAAGACAUGAUGGACGAGGACGAGGGCGAGCCUAGAGUACAGUGCGCACAGCAAUGA